AUGAAUUUCUCUCCCAAUAAGAAUAUGCCUGCUGGUUCGGGUGGUAAUGGGCAGGAUAGGGUGCUACAUAGGACAAGUUCGUCAGCGGGUAAGAAUGCAAUGAAAGGUGUGUUUAGUCAGCCGCAUUUAAGUGGUGCGAACUCUUCUACGCAUAUGUACAUACAUGACUCUGCAGUGAGGCCCAAGCUUACAGCAAAGUACUCGUAUGGCUCCACUUAUGCAGUGGGAUCACAAUGGUAUGAUUUCAGUAGCUCUAACCGGGGACCGUCUAAUUCUUAUGGGUCAUCUUACGAAGACAAAUUUAUUAUGGGGAAUGCUAAUAGGCGGAGGACAGGAACUCCAUAUCAAGGUAAUCAGUUUCACGGAACACAUAACCAUGCUCAUAGUCACUCACAAUAUUCAAGUAGUCCACACAUCUCUUCAAGCAGAAGCAAGAGCUCACAGAAAAGUGACGCCAAGAAGUCAACUAUAAAGUUUCAUCAUAGGACGAAUAAUGAGAUAUCAAGCAUAGAUAAAGUCAACGACCCAUCUAUGCAAGGGUUGAUAUGUGCUGGUAAGACACACUUGGGGUAUUACAAGUUCUCUACUGUUGAUAAUUCCAUGACUUGUGUGCACGACUUCAUCACCUCAAAUAAUAGGAACACACCAAAGGGUAACUCAUGGAUAUUACCAAAUCUCUCAAAAAGGACCAAAGGUGCCAAGAUCAGUAACAUUGCAGAUGUGAAAUGUGGAUUUCAUAAUUAUAGCAACGUGAUUGCCAUUUGCAACAACUCAACAGACAUCUCAUUGUAUGAUCUCAAUAGGACAACACCAGCAGAAGAUCCAAUGAUACAAAUACUAUCCGGACAUACAAGAGCUAUAAAUAGUUUUGACUUUAAUAUGUCACAGACAAAUUUAAUAAUUAGUGGAGGACAAGACGGUUGUGUUAAAGUGUGGGAUAUAAGAAGUGAUUCCAUGAAAAGACAAGGAAGAAGUGAUUUAAAUAUCAAGACAGCUAAUGACUCCAUAAGAGAUGUAAAAUGGAUGCCAUCUCAUAAUUUUGCUUCACUACCUAGUUCUGCAGAUGGAAAAAGCCUAAAUAUCAGUAGUCCAGGGUAUACAUUUGCAUCAAUACAUGAUACGGGUGUAUUACUGAAAUACGAUCUUAGACAAACUACACAGGUGGAUAAAAAAAUCAACGCACAUAGCGGGCCUGGCCUUUGCCUCAACUGGCAUCCUCAUCAGGACUAUAUAGCAACUGGUGGUCGUGAUGGUAAGUGCUCUUUAUGGUACGUUGGUGAUCGGCGAUCCACCGAUCAAAGCCCUUAUUCGACUACUUUCCUUUCAUCUAAUGCUACAACCAACACUAGCAGCAUUGGUAUAGGGUAUCCAGGUAAUCCAGUUGCCUCGACAUUUAUUCCCGAGACAACUAUAAAUACAGGUUCUCCAAUAACGAAACUAAAAUUCAGACCAAAUUACGAUAAAAUUGCAUUGAACUCGUUGAUUGCACUUUCCUCAAUGGGUGAUGAAGCUGAAGUGAAUAUAUAUUCUCUCGCUAGAAAAUACAUUCCAAAACAUCUAUUAACAACCGGUAAACCUUCACUAGGUUUGGUAUGGUGGAAUUCAAAUUUAAUAUUCAAUGUUGAUAGUGCAGGAUACAUCAACGGUUGGGAUAUCACAAAUGAACCCACUGUACUAGAUGAACUCCCUAAGAAUAUCGUAAGAUGGAGAGAUGUUGAUGGAAGUGGUCUCUUAUUUUUGAACCAAGAUACUGGUUCUUAUGAAGUUUCUGACCAAGACGAGCUAAUUGAUUUACACACUUUCCAAAAGCAAUCAUCAUCAACUGUAAAGGGAGAUACAGCUACCCCAGGGAUUGGACUUAUGGCUAAUAUAAAGCGUGGUUUAAGUCACAACAAUGUUAGCCAUUUUCCGACAGAGAGACCUAUUCCAAAACGUUCUGCUUUCUCAAAUAUUUCCAAGGUACCAAUUUCUUCGUCAACUCAAUCAUCGGUUAAUAAGUCAUCAACAUCAUUAUCCACCUUGGCUACUCAAGAUGAACUGCUGGAAAAUAAAUUCUUAAAGUCUCCUUUAGUAAUACCAUUUGAAUUGCCAGAGGCUUAUCAGUAUAGUAGAGAGUCUAAAAUAAUGGAACUGAAUAAGAGAAGCUAUAUACCAAAAGUCUCAUCUGUUAGAGGAUCGAACAUUGAAGUUUUCAAAUUCUUAGCAAGAGAGUUGGAAUUCUCUUUCAGACAGGACAAGAAUAAUGAAGAUGAUGCUGAAUUAAGUAGGCAGCAAAGUGUUAAUGAAGAGAAUAUAAGGUCAGAUCUCAUGAAAAGAUUUGAUAUCUCAGAAAAUGCGACAUGGGCAAAUAUAGUAAAGGAUAAAUCGAACAAGACCAGAGAAAGAGCUAACUCAAUUUCUAUUAAACAAUCACCAAUUGUUCUAUCUGAUGAAAGCGAAAUAAAAUCACCAACAAUUCAAAAACUGGAAUCCGGUGAUAAUAAUGUUAAAUAUGAAUCGAAUAUUACAAAGGAAAUCCAACAGGAGAAAACCAAGAAUUUUAAUCCAGAAUACCGAAUCAAUCUACUUUUAGAACUCGUCGAAUCCAGUAACCACAAUGCCUCAGUGUACUCCAUCAUAGAUGACUUACCGAACUUCAAGAUAUGGAUGCUUAUCCGUGAUUCUCUUCUAUGGGAUAUAAAAAUGUAUUCUUCUUUUAGUGAAAAUGAAACACCGGAAGAGUUAACUGGAGGGCAAUUAGAAUACCCACUAACUAAUACCAGAAAGCAAUCAUUGGUAUCUGACCUCAGCAGACUCGGCACUAGUGAACUAAGUUCUGAUUAUGCCGAGCAUCCACAUGCUUAUCAUGGAAAAUCAGACUACUCUAGUGACGCUUCUGAAGGUAUAAAAUCGCCUGUCUCGAAGCUAGGUGAACAACUCAAAGGUGAAGAAUCUAACAAGUUUGUAUUAGGACGUAGGCUUUCAAGCAUGAGUCCUAAAAGAUCACCUGAUAUACCAAAGUUAGCUGCUGCAUUAAAGAUUCAUAGGCAACGCAAUGAGAAUAACCGAGAAAGCGAGAUUGAGUCCAGCGCAAUUGAGGAAGAGGAGGAAGAUGAGGAGGAAGAUGAUGACAAGUUUAAUGACGAUGAGGAUUUCAAAGGCCCUGCUACGACCAAGGACAAUACUAUCCACAGCAUACCGAUCCUCAAUAAGAGAGAAGCCAGGACUUCAUUUAUUGACACUUUUAUGACUAAUGAAAACUCACCAGAUGCGUUCCAUAAUGUUCCAUACCUAAAUAAAAAUCAAUCACCAGGGUAUGGUUACUCUAGUCCUAAGAAUAAGAAUGGUCCGUCACACAGUUUUGCCAACACACCCUCAAAGCUAGCGUUCUUGAAGAAAUUAUCGCCACGGACCAUGUCCUCGCAUUCGGUUACGCGUGCUCCAUCAUCGGACUGGCAUGUGGAGCACGAUCCUACGUUACAGGUCCCGCCACCUGAGAAGAAAGGUGCCCCAGACAACUUACCGCCCUGGAACACGACUAAGCUCUUGCGCCAAAUUCAUGCGAACGCCUUAGAGAUGGGCAACGUGAUACUCGCGGUCAACGUACUGAUCUUGUUCCAAGACGUCUACAACAUCGCCCCGAUAAGCAUCGUGAAGGAGAGUGUUGUGCAUUUCGUGCGCCUACUGCACCAGUACGAACUGUUCGAGAUCGCCGCCGCGAUACUCAAGUACUGUCCCUGGGACGACCUCCUGGGUCCCGAGGGCGACCAGUCCACCGUGGAGAUAUUCUGCGAGCGCUGCGGCGAGCUGAUCACCAACGAACAGGGCAAAGACCUCCCACACGGAUACUGGUACUGCCAGGCCUGCAGCAGAACGAACACCUUGUGCGUGGUGUGCAACACCCCACUGCGCAAACUCACUAUGGCCGCACUCAAGUGCGGCCACGAGGGCCACUUCGAGUGCUUCACCCAGUGGUUCAUCACAGAAGGCAUGUCAGAAUGCCCAGCAGGCUGCACCGCAGCACUCCUAUAG